AAGAGCCUCAUCUGACCCAUUCUUUUGAGUGGAGUUACAGGAAGAACAUCUAUACCCAUACCUGCAAUCAAGCGCAAACUAUUGAGGACUGCCUGAAGAAAAGUCCAAAAUUCAAAGCAGCUGCAGAAAAGCAGGAUGGCAAAGAGCUUGUUAUUGUAAGAAGUGGGAAAGCAAUCGCUUCACACUUUCCAUGCAGAGUAAUUAAAAAUGAACGUCUGACUCUGAAGUUUGUGAAAGCUGUGGAGAAGCCAAAGAAACCAGUUAGCGUCUCUGGUUAUCCCUGCAAAAAGAGACAAUCUAACAAGCUUGUGAUAUUUCAUGUCAUAGCACGAGGAGGUAAAAAUGUUGUCAGAAUCCUGAAAAAUCCUGACCUAAGAAAAGACAUGCAGGAAAUUACUGUUUACGCAUACGAAGGGGAAAAAGUGAAGCAAGCUCUACGAAGAGAUGGUCGUUUUCUCAAUACCAUGUUCAAAAAGAAUUGCGUGCUCUUUAACAUAAGCACUGAGGUUGAAACGGAGAUGUGCAGUUUUGUCGACGACCUUGAUGAUGAAACUUUUAAGAUCAAAUUGCUCGACAAGUCUGAUCCACCAGAAAGUCAGCCUGGCAGUCUUGAUGACGUUUACGUGCUGCAGAGUGAAUCUCAGGCAGUUGAUUCUGGUGGGUAUGAGGAGCUUUCACAGCAGACUAACACAGUCAAGUCAGAGACCGACAACACAAUAGGGAAAAAAACGGAUCUCUGUGGAAAUAUGGCUCCAGGAAACCAACUGUCUGAUUCAAAAAAGCUGCAAGUUAAUUUGUCUGCAUGGUUUAACAUUUUGGUAAAAGGCAAGAAAGCUCAAGUUCCUAAGCUUUCUCGCAUCCAGAAUAUUUUCCGUCAGGAGUUUGGGAACAGUGCUAAAAGAUGUCAAGAUGUGAAAACAAUGAGGAAACUCAUGAAACUCAGUCACUCUGUUUGUCAAGUAAGAAUAAACGGGAAACCACAAGGAAGCGGUUUCCUCGUGUUCAGCAGAUUUGUCCUCACAAAUGCCCAUGUUAUUAAAGAUUUCUGUAAUGAUAACGGCCGGCUUCAUGAGCGGGUCACUGUCACUUUCUCUUAUGAAAGUCUGGAGCAGAAUGAUGGCCUGAUAGAUGUGGAAGAGGUUGUUGGUAUUGAAUAUAUUCCGGAAGUGUCAGGGACUGACUGGGCUUUGUUAAAGCUCAAUGCUGAUCAGACAUUGCCUGAUGGUCUCUUAACACACAGUGGAUUCAUUUGUCACAGUGGUGGAAUUAGCAUUAUUGGACAUCCAGGUGAAAGUGUAAAAAAAAUUGAUGUCUGUUUGGUUGUUUCACAAGAAAACCGUAGUCAGGUUGCAGAGAGGCACUGGAAAGACAAUCAAGACUGUGUUCAACUUCUUAAAGAUAGUUUCUUCAAAAACGUUGCAGAUGAUGUUCAACAGCGCAAACACCUUCUGACUUAUGAGUCUUGUUUGUAUUUUGGGUCGUCUGGCUCUCCUGUCUUUAAUGAGGACGGCGAUGUUGUUGCAAUGCAUUCGGGAGGGUAUGCCUACCCUGGUGUGAUGGGUCAAAACCAGAGUGUCAUAGAGUUUGGGUAUCCCUUUUCUGACAUCAUUGAGCACAUCAUUAUUCAAAUGGUGAAGAGAGAAAAGUUUGAUGUGUUGAAAGAAUACCUCAGUUGCAAAUGCACUCGACAGCAAAACUUUUUGGUUGAUGUGAAAAAGCUCGUUGAGAGCAGAAAUCUCACAAGGUUUAAAAAUGUAGUGAACAGUUCAGUGGCUGUAGAUGACGAGAGUUUGAAGGCUUUCUUUGAAUUCUUCUCUCGGAGAGAGCAGCCAGAGCCCAUGGAUAUUAACCGAGUUCACAGAAGGUUAACUGCAGACAGAAGAUAAAGUGAGAACAGUUCGAGCAGUAAAAGCAGUCGUUAUUUUUAAUAAGUCAGGACACUUGUUUAAAAAAACUAAUACUUUUUUUUUCAAUUUACUCUUUCACAUAAGGUUUUGUUAAACAACUGAUGCAUCAUGUACUAUAAAUAAUAUUAAUAAUAAUAAUGCAUGUAUGAUGGUUCUGUGCUUUUGAAAUGCAAGUAAUAACGACUUUCCAAUGUUGUCCGGUUAAAUUUGAAGAAACUAAGAGAAUGUGCUCCGAUGUUAAAGAGCUCAAAUAAUAUGGAUGUGAUAAAUGUCAUGUUGAGGUUUCUCAUUUUGAUGUGACAUUUACACAGUACAGUCUCAAAUAAGUCUGGUUUACAUUUAUACCCUUUGUACUGUUUUAUAUCUAUAUUUUUUCUCUUUUUUGUGCAUGCUUUAUUUCAAAUUUAGAAAUUUAGAAUCAACUGUGGCUGAAUAUAUAUGGAGUGUUGAUCAAAGGCUUCAAAAUAUCAUACCUUAUCAAUAUUUUCAAUAUGACCAGUUUAUAUCAAAUAAAUAUGGUUUGCUGUUUA